GCACACCUGGGGGUAGAGCAGAUGCAAGGUGGUGAGGUGGACUUGCUGAGGAAAGCCAUACGUUAAUGUAUGUGUGAGGUUAACCCAGGAGGUUGAAUUCCAAAAUUUCCCUGUCCCCUUUCUUUCUUUGACUCAGGUUCUGUUUCAAGCUGGUUGCAGCCAUUUGGGAUUGCCUUCCACUGACAACUCAGUAGGGAUUUCAUUACAAGCAGGUUUGGGAUAUCUGACCUUUCUCUAGACCUAAACACCUGGGACAGGGAACAGGCUGGAGAGAGUUACAUAUUACCAGAGGCAAAGAACCAGAACGACAUUAUAGGAGAAAAGAGGCCUGUCGUUUUUAUUGGCUUCCGCAAGUUUUCCUCCCCAGCUUCAGCCACUCUUCCCUUUGCAUCCUCUCACCUGACAGAAGGGGCUUCUCACUAGGACACUGCUGCUUCCGCUGUGCUGCUGUGCCAGGCCCAGGGAGGUGCUGGGGCCGGGGCUGGCCUUGGCACCCACCAUCCUUGUCCCAGGGAUUAGGUUUAGGUCCACCAGACAGAAGGCAGAUGAGAGCAGCAGCUGCUGCUUUCCUCAGCCCACUGGACUUCCACUGUGCUGGGGCUGAGCACCGCGUCGCAGGCAGAAUGGGGACAUCGGGAAGACGACACUAACCUCCACGAUGUGGUAAAUGCAAAUACCCUGUGAAGGAGUUUUUCUCCUCAGGGCCUCACCACUGGGACUACUCAGGCUGUUCUCUCCAGAUUAACGGCUGUUUGCCUAUCUGGUCUCUUGUGGAUUAGCAUUCUUAAUUGGUUUAGGAUUAGACGUCACCCAUUCAGGUUGAACGGCGUUCCCUGAGGUGCGUGCGUGUGUCUAUGUGGUGAGGUGACUGUUCCUAGGUUAAGACGGGGGAAGGAUGUCGGUGGGGCGGGCCGGAGCGGUGACGGGUUAGGUAUGACAGAAGGCCUUGCAGAAGGCAACACUGUACAAGCCCUAAAGGAAGUCUAAGAGACAACCGCCUUCCUCACUGAAGCUUCUAGAACUGGAGCAGAAAGAAGGUGCGGCCCAGGGCCAGCCCCGCCUCCUCCCCGGGCGGAAGUUGUGUCAGUUGCCGGAAGUCGCCGUGGGGUGGGGCUUAUGCAGCGGCGUGGUGAAAUAGAUAUGGCGACCGAGGGGGAUGUGGAGCUGGAGUUAGAGACCGAGACCAGUGGCCCAGAGCGACCUCCCGAGAAGCCACGGAAACAUGACAGCGGUGCGGCGGACUUGGAGCGGGUCACCGACUAUGCAGAGGAGAAGGAGAUCCAGAGUUCCAAUCUGGAGACGGGAGAAAGAACUGGCAAAAGUCACUAUCAAGAAGGAAGAUCUGGAACUGAUAGUGAGUAG